GGAAGGAGGGCGCGCGCCGGACCCUGGCCGUGCAGCCAUGAACCUGGAGCGGCUGCGGAAGCGCGUCCGGCAGUACCUGGACCAGCAACAGUAUCAGAGUGCUCUAUUUUGGGCAGAUAAAGUAGCUUCACUUUCUCAUGAGGAACCCCAGGACAUUUACUGGUUGGCUCAGUGUCUUUACCUGACAGCGCAGUAUCAUAGAGCAGCUCAUGCACUUCGGUCACGGAAACUGGACAAAUUGUAUGAAGCGUGUCGCUACCUUGCAGCUAGAUGCCAUUUUGCUGCUAAAGAACAUCAGCAGGCUCUUGAUAUUCUUGAUAUGGAGGAGCCGAUCAACAAAAGGCUAUUUGAGAAAUGCUUAAAGGAUGAAAGUGGCUUGAAAGACCCCUCCAGUGACUGGGAAAUGUCACAGUCCUCAAUAAAGAGUUCUAUUUGUCUUUUACGAGGGAAAAUCUACGAUGCUCUAGAUAACCGAACUCUUGCUACCUACAGCUAUAAGGAAGCUUUGAAGCUUGAUGUCUACUGCUUUGAAGCAUUUGAUUUGUUAACAUCACACCACAUGUUGACAGCCCAAGAAGAAAAAGAACUUCUUGAAUCACUACCUCUUAGCAAACUCUGUACUGAAGAGCAAGAAUUGCUGCGUUUUCUAUUCGAGAACAAAUUAAAAAAGUAUAAUAAGCCCAGUGAAAGUGUUAUUCCUGAGUCUGUAGAUGGUUUGCAGGAGAAUCUGGAUGUGGUCGUGUCUUUAGCCGAAAGACAUUAUUAUAACUGUGAUUUUAAAAUGUGCUACAAGCUUACUUCUGUAGUAAUGGAAAAAGAUCCUUUCCAUGCAAAUUGUUUACCUGUGCAUAUAGGGACACUUGUGGAGCUGAAUAAAGCAAAUGAACUUUUCUAUCUUUCUCAUAAAUUGGUGGAUUUAUAUCCUAGUAAUCCUGUGUCUUGGUUUGCAGUGGGAUGCUAUUAUCUCAUGGUCGGUCAUAAAAACGAACAUGCCAGAAGAUACCUCAGCAAAGCCACGACGCUUGAGAAGACCUAUGGGCCGGCUUGGAUAGCAUACGGGCAUUCGUUUGCAGUUGAGAGUGAACACGACCAAGCAAUGGCUGCUUACUUCACAGCAGCACAGCUGAUGAAAGGGUGUCAUUUGCCAAUGCUCUAUAUUGGAUUAGAAUAUGGAUUGACCAAUAACUCAAAAUUAGCUGAACGAUUCUUUGGCCAAGCUCUAAGCAUUGCACCAGAAGAUCCUUUUGUUAUGCAUGAGGUUGGUGUGGUUGCCUUCCAGAAUGGAGAAUGGAAAACAGCAGAAAAAUGGUUUCUCGAUGCUUUGGAAAAAAUUAAAGCAAUUGGGAAUGAGGUGACAGUUGACAAAUGGGAACCUUUGCUGAACAACUUGGGGCAUGUCUGCAGAAAGCUUAAAAAGUACGCCGAAGCCUUGGACUACCACCGCCAGGCGCUGGUGCUCAUUCCUCAGAACGCGUCCACCUACUCUGCCAUAGGCUACAUCCAUAGUCUGAUGGGCAACUUUGAAAAUGCCGUGGACUAUUUCCACACAGCCCUUGGUCUUAGGCGAGAUGAUACAUUUUCUGUUACAAUGCUCGGUCAUUGCAUUGAAAUGUACAUUGGUGAUUCUGAAGCUUAUAUUGGAGCAGACAUUAAAGACAAAUUAAAAUGUUAUGACUUUGAUGUGCAUACAAUGAAGACAUUAAAAAACAUUAUUUCACCUCCAUGGGAUUUCAGGGAAUUUGAGGUAGAAAAACAGACUGUGGAAGAAGCAGGGCUUGCACCACUGGAAACCUCAAGGAAAACCCCAGAUUCCAGACCUUCCUUGGAAGAAACCUUUGAAAUUGAAAUGAAUGAAAGUGACAUGAUGCUGGAGACAUCUAUGUCAGACCAUAGUACAUGAUUCCACGUGGGUCCCAGUUCCACUUUGUCCUGGAGCUGGUCAGCAUUUUUCCUCACAUCUUUACAUCCUUGUCAUAGCUUAAGAAUUUCCCAUUUUUUGGAGUUUUCUUGUGCAGCAGGUUAGGGAUCUGGUGGUGUCUCUGUGGUGCGGGUCCAGUUCCUGCCGUGGAACUUUGGCGUGCUGCACGCGAGGCCGGGAAAAAAGAGAGAGAGAGUUCCCACUUCUCAGCAUGCAUCCAGACCAAAUCUCUACAUCUAGGAGUGGAGACCUGUUUUAAGAGACUGCAUUGCCCACUUUGCAACAGAUUUUUUCUGAUCCUACGAAAUAAUUAUACGAAGUGAAAUAAAGAAGGUAAACCAUC